GGCCUCUUCGCUGCAAUGGAACGUAAGCAUUUGCUUCUUGGAGUCACGGGCAGCGUUGCAGCUAUCAAGACACCGGAACUGGUGCAUCAGCUGACGCAGUUGGGGUUUGAUGUGCGUUUAGUUUUGACAGAGAAUGCCGCACGAUUCAUUGACCUGACUCAGCUAUCGGUGCCAGUAUAUCGAGAUGCCGAUGAAUGGUCGUGGUCCAACCGUGGUGAUCCUGUUCUGCAUAUCGAAUUGCGCAACUGGGCAGAUGUUCUGGUACUUGCCCCUCUGAGUGCAAACACUCUAGCCAAAUUGGCGAACGGCUUAGCAGACAACUUGCUAUCAACAGUCGCCCGCUCUUGGUACUUUCCGGAGUCCACUCAGAGAAAACAUGUCUUGUUCGCCCCGGCUAUGAACCACCUAAUGUGGCAACAUCCCAUUACCAUGGAACAUAUAAAUCGAUUAACUCUGACAUUUGGAUGGAUUCUUAUCCCUCCGAUACCCAAAGUACUUAUCUGCGGGGAACAAGGCAUUGGAGCUAUGGCAGAAAUCGCGGAUAUUUGUUCUACAGUAACCACACAGCUGCAUGAGUCACAGUAAUUUCAGUUAUCUAUUGUUAUGACCAUACGGAUCUUUUGUAACCCCAAUCAGAAUUGAAUGAUUGUCUAUUUUAUUACA